AUGGCCCCAACAACUGGCCGAAAUGCUAGUAGCAGCACGCUAAGCAUGAAGCUGCUGGUGAACACCAAGGCCGGGCGCGUGCUCUACGCCGAGGCCGGCAAGGACGUGGUGGACUUUCUCUUCUCCCUCCUCACUUUGCCCCUCGGCGCGGUCGUCAAGAUGCUGAGCAAGGACGCGAUGGUCGGCUGCAUCGGCAACCUCUACGGCAGCGUCGAGGAGAUGGACUCGGCCUACCUCCGCUCCGCCGAGGCCAAGAACGCGCUGCUCUCGCCGCCCGGUGGGUACGGGAGCGGAACGCGGCUCCUCCAGCUGCAAGCGCCGGCGCUUGAAGUCUUCCAGUGCAACAAGGGAGGCGACGGCAACUGCUACAACUACGUGACCGUGGCGAGGAGCGCGCCAUGUCGUCUCUGCCACGGCGAGAUGGACGUGCCCAUAGAGGUCGUGGGUUUCUCUGAUCCUGCAGGCCUGGGGUUUGUGAAGGAGGUCGUGACGUACACGGUCAUGGACGACCUCAAGGUAGCGCCUCUGUCCACCGUCUCUUGCAUCACUCUCCUCAACGCCUUGGGUGUCACGGAUAUCAGCUCGCUCCAGGAGACGACAGUUCGGGUGGGGUACGCCGAGGUAAUCAUCUCUGCCCUGCUCUUCAUAUUCAUAUAUAUGUGCUAUGCACAUCCACUGACCACGAGGACUGAUAGUGCUGGUGUUGUGCAGGGUUUGGAGAUGCUGAGAGCGUCGCUGCAAUCCAAGGCCGUGCUCACUGACGUCUUCCUCAGGAAGAAGAACAGAAGGCGGGAGCAGGCUGUCGCUGCACCAUCAAACAAGAAGAGGAAACUGAAGGCUAUUACUCUGUCCAAGGCCAUGCUCAUAGACGUCUUCCUCAGGAAGAAAUCCACAAAAGCCCCAUCGAAGAAAAAGAAAGGCAAGGGUUCAACUUCAAGCCCGAUGAAGCGCUCGCGCGAUUAA